CACAUUAAACAGCACGACCCCACCUAACAAUGUUGGACGUGAAGUAGUUUACUCACAGCAAGAAUUGAAUCGUGAAUCACCGCAACUCUCCGUUAGAAUAAGAAGAUCUAGAUCGGCAUCAAGAUCACGUAGUUUAUCACCAACACCAUAUUCAAACAGUAGAAGAACAGUGAUGAGGCCACGAAGAAGACGAAGAAAACGUUCGCCGACCCGUAAACGAUCACGAAGGAAAUCACGAUCAUAUUCACGAUCACGCUCACGGUCAUAUUCACCUUCCAGCCGAGGUCGUUCUCCAAAGAGAGAAUCUUCUCACUCAAAGCCAGAUGCAAAUGUUAAGCAGAAGAUUCAUAUCAACCCUCACUUCAAAGGACCACGAGCAAUAUACACAGCAUCGCAUAAAACAUUAAGCGUAUCUCAAACCACAGUUCCAAGCAAAACUGCCACAGUUCCACCCCUGUUCAGCAUGCCACCCCCAAACCUACUUUCACGAAUUCCUCCCCCACCUUUACCCAACAUUCUCAUCCCACCCCCUAAACCCACCACAGAGUCUGUACCCACUUCACUGUCAGCCCCACUUGCCUUUAACCCAAAAAUCCCACCCCCACCCAUUAUCGCACCCCCUAACCCACAGGCACAGCCCCCAAUGGCCCCACCCCCUGUAAAUAUACAACCCCCUAACCCAAGAGUACCACCCCCUUCAUUGCCAAGAGUGCCCCAACCUUUUCCUACUAGACCCCCUAAUUUUACCCCUAACCAAGGUCCCCCACCUACAAAACCACUGGUCCAUAUACAACAUCCCAUUACACAAGGAAUACCCCCAAGUUCGAAUGGACAAGGAAUUUUACCCCUCCCACCAAAUGCCAGGUUAAUUAACCCAACAUUGGGGCAACCACAAGUUCCGCAACCUCAUGAUUCAACAUCUGGUCGAUUGAAACCACCACCUUUAUCCACAAGACCAACCAUUAACUCCAUGCAACCACAAGUACCUUCAUUAGAGGAACAGCAAUCAUACGCAUCAUUAGUGGAGAAGCAAGCCAUGGAGAGAAAGAAAUUUCUUGCAAUGAAAGAAGCAAGAAGAAGGGGAAUAACUGCACCAAAUGAUGUUACACGUAGCUUGAACGAGGGAGACCAGUUGAGUGGUAAAAUUCGAAUCAUUAACUUGUCGAGUACCACAAGACCCGACACUAUUAUGCAGAUGAUGAACAACAUGGGAGCUUUCAAGGAUUUCACAUACGAUGUCACACACAAGUUGGUUACAGCGAAGUUCAUUAACCCCCAACAUGCACAAGACUUCCUUGCAAGAUAUAAUCGGCAACCCGUGGACUCUUCUCCUAUUGUGGUAACACUGGAUAAAUAAGAAGCGGUUAAGUAUAUGGCAACACUGCGACUGUAACUUGUAACGUCACUAGACUUGCUAUCGUGUAAAGAUGUACUUGCUUGAUUUAAGUAAAUAAGUGACUUUGAUUGUAAACAAAAAACACCACUUUUGUUGUUCUACUAUGAAUAUGUAUUAUUAUGUUAAUUAAUUCACGCAGUCUUACAUGUUAAGCCACGAUUUACCUUCAUUUGUCGCUAAUUUCUUGUAAACAGGAUUUGCUGUCCAGCGGAGACAUUAAUUUUAUUCGGACAUUUUGUAGACGCUGUUUUUUUUCACAUUCGCUAGUGUAAUGAACAUUGAUUCCUAACCCCUAUAUAUGGUGGAUAUAUCUAAUAAUACGCUGCAGUGUAUAUACGAGUACAUGUGUUGUAAUUCAUCAUUAAACCUUAUUUUUUACACUCGAAUAAGUAAUAGUAAAACAAAUUUCUGUUUAUGUUACACUGUCUUAAAUAUUUAACUAUUCUGUCUUAAUUUAGAGUAAUCUCCCCUUGUUAUAAUUAGGUUUAAAUUAGAAACACCGUAAAACGUUUUACAUUUGUUUAAAUGUUGUCAAAAUAUUUCGUUACUUGCUGUUUGUAUUCGCCUGCAUAUAUUACCGUAUGAAAACAAAACAAAAAGUAUUUGCUUUCUUUA